AUGACUUCGGACCGCACGCUCCUCCUGGAGCCCGCCUCCAAGGUCGCGAAGGCCUUCAACAAAGAGCCUUUCGAGAUCCCCGCGUCCGGCUUCGUGCUCGGCCGCGCGCCCCCCAAGGACAACAUCAAACUUCCCGCGGGCUGGCUGCAGGUGUCGAGCAAGCAUUGUUCCAUCCAGUGGAAGGACAUUGGCGGCCAGCAGGGGUGGUACGUGAAGGACACAAGCACGAACGGCACCUUCCGGAACGACAAGCAGGUCGAGAGGGGCGUCGACGUCCUCAUCCGCCCCGGGGACACGCUGACGCUCGCGCGCCAGAACCCCAAGGAAGAGCGCGAUACGGAGGUGCGCUACAUCGUGAGCACCCUGGAGCGCAGCGUCCCCAGGAGCCCGGAAAACGGCAGCCCCCUCACUCGGGACCUCUCAGCUGCCGCCUUCCACGCCCCGACGCCCCGCGCCUGCCCGCCCGAGAAGCCCGACGCCGCCCCGUCGCCCGCCGCCGCCGAGCCGGACGACGUCGGGAUCCUGCGCGCCGCCGCCGUGUACGCCGAACGCAACAAGGAGCUGACUGCGAAGAUCGCCGCCAAGGACCGCGAGAUCGCCGAACGCGACGCGCGCCUCCAGGAGGAAGCGCGACGCGCGCGCGAGGCGCGCGUGGACCUCGAGGCGAAGAUCCGCGCGCUCGAGGACGCGGCGCGGGCGGCGGACGAGCACCGUCGCCGGCAGGACCUGCAGCUGCGCGGGGACGUGUCGCGCCUGGCGGGCGAGGCCGAGGGGCUCCGCGCGGCGGUGCGGGAGCUCGAGGCGCGCGCGCAGGCGGCCGAGAAACGCGCGAGCGACGCCGAGCGGGCCGCGAGGGACGCGGCGAGCGCCCGGGAGGAGGCCGUGAAGUCUGCUGUGGAGGCGGAGCGGGCGCGGCACGCGGCGGAGCGCGAGGCCGCGGACCUGCGCGCGGCGUGCCAGCAGGAGCGCGCUGCUGCGGAGCAGUCCGCUGCCGAGGCGGCCGCGGCGCGCGAGGCGGCGCGGGCGCUCGCGGCCAAGGAGGAGGGCGCGCGUGAGCGCGCGCGCGAGCUCGAGGUGGAGUGCGAGGCCCUGCAGCGCGUGAAGGAGUCCCUGCAGGAAGAGAUUCGGUCCGCCCUGGACAGCUACCAGGUCAAGCAGGCGGCGUUCCGGGAGGCGGCCAAGGCGAUGAAGCAGGACUACGUGCGGAGCACGGCUGUGGUCGCGGAGACGCACGCGCGCUUCCUGGAGGGGCUGAACGGCAUGAUUGACGCCACGCACGAGUCGCAGCAGCAGAUGGAGGCGCGGGGGGUGUGGCGGGAGCACGCGAGGUCGCCCGGGCUGGUGGGCGCGGCCGGGGGCGGGACGGAGCUGGAGGCCUCGCCUGGGCAGGGGGAGGGGGCGGGUGUGGUGGCGACGCAGGUUGCGGCAGGGGAGGUGACGCCGGCGCGCGAGGCCGUGGACGCGGUGCUUGCGGCCGCGGUGGCGGCGGCGGCGGCCACGGACGGGGCCGGGAGCAGCGACAAGCGCCGCGCCGGCGAGGAGGCGGGCGCCGGGAGCACGGAGCACGCGGCGAAGCGGCAGCGCGGCAGCACGAGCUCGGACGGCGAGCAGCGCACGUCGCUCGCCGCGGCGCUCGAGGCGGCUGCGCACGCGCACGACGACGCGCCCGCCGCCAAGCAGGCACCGCCCCAGCGCCUCGACACCGCUCCGUCCCCUGCCGCGAACAACGGCAGCGAGGGCGACGACAGCGGCAGCGAGGGCAUCGACAUCGUCGAGGGCCCGGCGGCGGCCGCGGAGGAGCCGCGCGUGGGCGAUGGCAGCGACAGCGAGGGCGACGACAGCGACGACGAGGGCGACGGCAGCGACGACGGGGGCGACGACAGCGGCGAGCACGCGAGGGCGGACGAGGCCACGCCGGCGAAGAGGAAGACUCGCACGUUCAAGGUCACGGGCAACUCCCAGGAGGCGUACGGGUGCUGGGUCGACCAGGACGGGGUCAAGAUUGACAGGCGCAACUUGUCGGACUACUCCCCCGUCCUGGGCCCGGCGGCGGCGCCGGCGGCCGCGGAGGAGCCGCGCGUGGGCGCCGUUGCUGCGGCGGGGCCCGAGGCGGAGGCUGCUGCGGUAGCGGCGCACGGGACGCCCGAGGGGAUGGUGCGGGACGCGCUGGCGGGGUCGCAGGCCGGGUCGGAGGCGCUGGGGCAGUCGCCUGGGCCGCUGGCGGCGUCGCCGGCGGGAGUUUGCCGCGGGUGA